AUGACUAUCCAGACCUAUUUCGACUGCGAGUGGGAGGGCCCCGUCCUCGACGCCAACAACAACCCUACCCGUGAGGUUAAGGCUCAGAGCGGCCGUAUCACCUUCAACCUCUUCGACGAUGUCGUCCCUAAGACCGCCGAGAACUUCCGUGCUCUCUGCACUGGUGAGAAGGGCUUUGGCUACGCUACCCCCAAGCCCUCCACCUUCCACCGUGUGAUCCCCCAGUUCAUGCUUCAGGGUGGUGACUUCACCAAGGGCACUGGUGUCGGUGGCCGCUCCAUCUACGGCGAGCGCUUCCCUGACGAGAACUUUAAGCUCCGCCACGACCGCCCCGGUCUUCUCUCCAUGGCCAACGCUGGUCCCAACACCAACGGCUCUCAGUUCUUCGUCACCACCGUUGUCACCUCCUGGUUGGAUGGCAAGCACGUCGUCUUCGGUGAGGUUGCUGACCAGGAGUCGCUGCGCAUUGUCAAGGCCAUUGAGGCUUGCGGCAGCAGCUCCGGUGCUAUCCGCUACAACAAGCGCCCCACUAUCGCUGCCGCUGGUCAGCUGUAA